AUGGGCGUCGUGGAAUUAACAUUUAUAAACAAAGAUGGAGUGGACGCGAAAAUCUUGAUCGCUUCAUCUGACUCAAUCAAUAUACUCCGGCCAUAUCGACGUUUCGGGGCGGCGGGUCCUGGAGGUAUUCUUGGUGCUGGUACUGGCUUAUGUGGAAUAUCUGCGCUUAAAAAUGGAGCCAGUAGUGUAGUAUUUACGGACCGGGACGAUUCAGUGAUAGAGGAAAAUAUAAGAAAAAAUUGUGCCUUGAAUAAUAUACCGGACUGUGAUUUUGUAUCCUGCGACUGGAAUGAUGUUCCCAUUUUAGCUUUGGAAAGGUCUGUUGACUUGAUUAUCGCCUCAGAUUGUUUAUUUGAAAGCAGUGUUUUUAAACCUUUUACGGAGACUCUAUCUCUUCUACUGCACAAAAAUUCAAAUGCGCUGGCUUACAUAGCUUAUGAAAAUCGUGGUUCAAACGCUGACCUGAUGAGCAUUUUCGAAAAAGCCGGAUUAAGCCUUUCCCUUCAGUCAUCCAGUAUUUUUGAUUCAGUGACAUUUUUUCUGUUGAAAGCAUCCGUUUUCCAUCCGUGA